AUGAGCAAGCGGCGGCAGCGGGCGGACCAGGCGGCGCGAACGGAGCGGCUCAGCGAUGAAGUUGCGGCAUUGCAUGACGACAUUUUCCAACUCGAGCAGCACCUUGGCGAAGUUGCGAGGCUGUCGUCGUCGCCACAGCCGAGAAGGGGGCUCGGUCAAGAUUAUGUGACCGAUGUAGGAAGCGAUCGAUACCCGGCAAACUUGUCAGGCGCCACUUUCGUGGGUAGAGCAGUGCCACGCGUGGAUGCGGUCGAGUAUUGCGUCCAAGACAAAUCUGGUGCUGCCGAAGCCCAGCUACGACACUUUGUCGUGCAAUUUCAACACGGGUGGACGCGAACCAUGGACUCGGACCUAGGUCGCUUUUUUCGUGAAGAUGUCGCGGUGGUGUACGCCCAGCCUGCCACCAGGAGCGAGCUCAGUAAAGACACCCUCGAAGGUGGAUUGCGUGGCCUUGUGGCCAAGUGGAAAUGCAGUUGCGAUGCGCUGCACAUGUUUCAGAUGGAGCUACGGCAACUGGUGUCGUUGGAGCCCCCACUGGAAUGGCUGCUCUCGGUCGACGUGACCUGUCAAAUGACGUUCGAAGCGGUCAUGCUCCACUUCCCCCACGUCACUCAAGACUGCGUCCAUGCGAACGCGAUCUUGGCCAAGCUGGUGGCGGCGCCGCUACGCUUUGAUGUACAAUGCCACGUUUGGCUUGACGACGACUUCAAGAUUGUGCAAGCCGAAGUCGGUGUGGGGUGGGCGGCGGCUCUGCUGGCGUGUCUAGGUAACCCCGAUGAUGUCGUGUGGGUGCUCCAACCGCCAGAUGUGCAGGGUGAAAUCCCGUUGGAAAGUUGA